AUGACACUGAUGGCUAUGAAUAUGGACAGGUUGCUUAAUUCCAAAGUGGAGGAGAUGGUUGGCUCAGGUGGUCCACCAACGCGUUUCGUGACGAAUAAAAUCCGAAACCAAUUCAUUUUCACCGAUGUCGACAAAAUACAAUCGCUUACCCUGGAGAAACUCCUGGCCAACGGUCGAGUUUUUAAUGCCACUAAUCCAGAUGAUCGAGUUUUUGGGGUUCUCGGAAUGUGGACCCCGUCCGGGGCUUUGUUGGGACAAAAACCUUGGACACUUAUAGGGGGCUGGACCACGAAAGAGCAGCGCACCACGGAGAAGCUGUACACGGAUGCUUCUUUUUUGGUUAUACGUGAAAUUGGGGAUCUCAAUCGUUUAUCUUUAGUGGAAGAUGCUUCCUACCGUAAGCUGCCCGGCCUUCCAUCAUGGGUGCCUGAUUAUACCGUUCCGCCAGUUGCAGAACCACUAAACGGUAUACCGAGAUCAGAUGACGGAGUUGGGCCUUGGUAUGCAAGUAGAGACCUACUACCAUGGAAAGAGCCGAUAAACGCCGAUGGCAUUCUACGAGUCCAAGGUGUCAAAAUCAAUACUAUUGCCAAAAUCGCAGCAGACUAUUCUGAAAUCGUGGACGAACAUAAGUUUUGCGACUUACUCGAACUUCUCCGGAUUGCAACGACUACGGAGCCUAAGCGAAACUCUGUUAAACAAUUUUGGAGGGCGUUGAUUAAAGACAACUAUGAUGGGCAACCAGCAGCUGAUGAUGCACGUCUAGCAUUUCCAAAAUUAAUCACCAAUUAUGUUUGGGUGCUUCAAAUCUCCUUGUCAGAUAAACAAGCAAUAGCGUCAAAUUCAAAUUCAGAGCCCACAUUCCGGGAAAAGAACAGGCAAGAAUCGGGCAAACUCGAGAGUAUCAUGGAUAAAUACAUAGACCUGUUAUCGAAGCUUUCCACGGAAGAAGACUCCUUGAUCCCAACUUUAGAUAUGAUACAAGCCAUCAUUGAUCAGAGCAAUGAGAAUCAUAUUGAUUUAAAUGGAGUAUAUUACCGUAUACUUGCGGAUUUUCGCUUGGCAUAUAUGGGAAGACGUCUAGUACGGACUGAUGACAAUUAUCUCGGCAUCGCUCCACAAUUUGUGGAGGAGAGUGAUGAAGUAUGGAUCUUGGCUGGAGCUUUUGUGCCGAUAAUAUUAAGGCGAGAAGGGGAUAGUGACAAAAGAAAGCUUGUGGGUGAGGCGUACAUAAAUUGCUUUAUGAACGGAGAAACCGUCGAUGCAAGGAAUGUGACUGAUAUUGAGAUAAUAUGA